AUGCAAGCUGGAAUACAGAAAAAUAUUAUGAAUAUAUUUAUUAUGGAAAACUUAUCUUCUUUACAAUCCUCUUAUUGGCUUAUUCUUCCUAUUCUUUUUAUUCUUUUUUAUUUACAUCGAUCAAAGAAAUCUAAACAAGUUCGUCGACGGAACCGUCGAGGUAUUGAUCGAUGUCAAACAUAUCCUCGUCAAUAUCCAUGCGGUUGGUAUCGCAUAUGUGAUUCUGAUGAAGUUGCUAAACGAGGUCAAAUAAAAAAUGCUUUUAUAUUGGGUCGAGAAAUGAUUAUUUUUCGGUCCGAUGAUGAACAUAAUCAAGUGUAUGUCUUAGAUGCAUUUUGUAUUCACAUGGGAGCACAUUUAGGUCACGGUGGACGAGUUAUGCCCGGUACAAAUUGUAUUCAAUGUCCUUUUCAUUUAUGGGAAUUUAACGGAGAAAAUGGUCGUUGUACAAAAAUCCCCUAUGUAGAUGGGAAAAUACCGGAUAAAGCUAAAAUGCAAACAUAUCCGUGUGUGGAACGUCAUGGAAUGGUUAUGAUUUGGUAUCAUCCAUUAAAUGAACCUCCUCAUUAUGAUGCUAUUAGUGUUGAUGAAUUAUUAGGUGAUAAUUUUGAAUUUCGUGGUGUUUAUCGUUAUCCAAAUAUUCAUAUGCACUUACAAGAAUUUGCUGAAAAUGCAGCUGAUGUUCAACAUUUUCAUCCGUUACAUGGUAACAUGUGCAUACCGUGGACUGAAUUGCAAGUACCACGUAUAUUGAUUCAUCAUGAAGCAUCAUUAAAAUUUAGCACGGAUGAACCACAUAUAGUAUAUUUUUAUGAUACGGCAACGUUAAAAUUAUUUGGAAAAAAAUAUGAAUCAAGUAAAGUUGAUGCAUCAAUUACAUUUUACGGUCCAGGUGGCAUAACAUUAUUUCGUUUCGAUGGAGGCUUUGGAAGAAUUUAUUUAUUUCAUACUCAUACGCCAACGGAUUACAUGGAAUUAGAUGUUGAAUUUCGAGCGUAUGUUGAAAAAAAAAUACCACGAUUAUUAAAUUGGUAUAUUGUUGGAAAUUGGAUUGCACAAUGGCGUCGUGAUAUUACUGUUUGGGAAAAUAAAGUGUUCAAACGUGCUCCUUUUCUUGUUAAAAAUGACGGCCCUAUAUUAAAAAUGCGCCGUUGGUACAAUCAAUUUUAUCUUUCAAAAGAAGAACAUGAAAAUCUUGCCGAGCCACUCGAUUGGUGA